GACGUACUGACCAGUUGAGUCUCACCUCAGUCCCUGUCAACAACCACCCGAGUCAAACCAAGCCAUCAUGGCAGAAGUAGCACCAGCCGCACCCGCUCCGUCCAAGGCGGUCAAGAAGAAGAAGACCACCAAGACCGCGAAGGGCGGACCCAGCGUGUCCCAGCUGAUCACCGAGGCUGUCGCCAAGUCCAAGGAGCGCAAAGGAGUCUCUCUAGCCUCCCUCAAGAACUCCCUAAGCGCCGCCGGUUACGAUGUGGAGAAGAACAAGGCUCGCAUCAAGAUUGCUGUCAGGAAACUUGUGGCCAAGGACGUCUUGGUGCAGACCAAGGGCACCGGCGCUUCCGGCUCCUUCAAGAUGAACAAGGCGUCCGAAGCCAAGCCCAAGAAAGCUCCCGCUAAGGCUCAGAGCGCCGCCAAGAAGCCCGCAGCCAAGAAAUCACCAGUGAAGAAAGUCGCAGCCAAGAAGUCUGUCAAGGCCACAACUAAGAAGCCUGCAAAGAAGGCGACAACCCCGAAGAAGAAGGCAAAGACGGCGGCUAAGAAGAGCACCAAAAGCCCCGCCAAAGCUGCCAAGCCGGCGGCGAGGAAAGCCCCAGCGGCAAGGAAGAGUCCUGCUGCCAAGAAGAGCCCCGCUAAGAAGGCGAGCAAGCCUAAAGCCAAGACUGCAGCCAAGAAGAAGUAAUUCCAUUUACUCAUCAAACAAAGGCUCUUUUAAGAGCCACCACUUUCUCUUUUAAGAGCAAAUUUUCCUCGAUGUUAAAUCAUUGUAUAAUAGCAUUAACAGAAUGUUCAUUCUGUAGUUUUUGUUCCUUGGCAACCACCUAAUUUAUCACAAACCAACACAGAAAAAAACAUU